AUGGGUUGGUCGUCACAAGCUGUACACUAUGAAGAGUCCAGCAACAUGCAUAUCGGUGCGUCACGACUGGGGGCAGAUAUGGCUGAAAAAGAGGGGCUAGCCUGGGCAGCACUCUGGCGACUCAGUCAGAAUUGGAGCAUUGCCACUUGUUUUCGUUCGGAUUCUCGUACGGCACUUGGACAAGCUGAAGGAACAGUCGGCACUACGCAGGUGGACGAGAUCUUUGGCUUCAUGCGUGGAGUUUUUCAGGCAGUAGAAUCAGCGCUGGAGCCCCACAAUGUGGCUUAUUCACAUGUACCUGGACAUGCAGGCGAAGUGUGGAAUGAGCUAUGUGACUGGCUGGCAAAGGAGGAACGAAGGAGCAGCUUUUACUGUCCCAGGCCUACACUUGACGUGCAAAAAUGGAAGAGAGCCAUGGGCCACAUUUGGAUGCUAUUCAAUCAACAUGAUGAUCUACCAGCCUUCUGUGGGGUUGGGUUUCAUGCACCUCCACCCAGCUUGCCAUCCGGAGCGACAGCACCCUUGUUGCCAAGCAAACCGCAGCACCGACACAGAAAGCUUGUCUUCACUAUGAGCGUGUGUUCUGCCAACGUUCAAUCACUCAGCAGUGGUCCACAUGGUCAUGCAGGGAAGAUAGCGUACCUUCGACAACAAGUUCGAGCUCUUCAUUUCAACUUCUUGGGCAUUCAGGAGGCGAAGACCCAAGAGACAUGCACCUACGUUGACCAAGUCUAUCGCCUGGCCAGUGGAUACCAUGUUGCACCUCUUGUGGAAUUGGAGUGGACAGCGACAGUUCAGGUGCACAGACCCAAGAAGCAAAGAUCUCCUGCCUACGACGCAACACAAAUCUCGGCCACCGUUGUUGCUGAUAUUCUUCAGAAUUAUACACCAGCAGCAUGGCAUACUGAUAUUGAGAGCCAGGUUGACAAUCUCAACGAGGCGAUCCUUCAUGGUCUCUGUCAAGCCUGCCCCAAGUCUGGCACACAGGCCAAGAAGCCCUACAUGAGCGAGGAGCUAUGGCAGCUGAAAGACAUCAGUAGAAGACAGCGAGAAGAAAGUUUGGUGUGCUUUUUCAAGCUUUGGCAUGCGGUGAAGAAGCAGGACAAGCCAAUCUCUGGCACUCAAAUGUGGGAGUAUGGCAAUUUCCUCCUCUUGCAGUCCCUCCGAUGUUCGGCAAGAUUGUUUCAUUACACCAUCAAGCUUCGAGGGAAGCUCAAGAAUGCCAAACAGAAUCACAUCAAAGCCAAGAUUGAGAGUCUCCCAGAGGGUGCGUCAGCUGCAACCAUCCUGCACGAAAUGCGCCCAAUACUGGGACCAUCCAACUUGAAGAAGGUCAAAACGGCCACCUUGCCGUAUGUGAGAAAGGAGAAUGGAGAGAUCUGUACACUACCGAAUGAGGCAGUUGAUACCUGGCUGACAUUCUUCAGCACGAUGGAAGCAGGAGAACGUUUGCCUCUUGAAGAACAAAGGGAGCUCUGGAUUCGAAACCUUGCUGACCUCCAACAAAGCUCCUUCACCAUUGAUGGGGAACAUCUUCCACGCUUGCUCGACCUUGAAGCGGCGCUACGGCGUGUGAACCCACAGAAGGCCACAGGGCCUGAUCAUGAUCUUUUGGAAGACCUUCAUCGUCACCUGGCCGAGCCGACAGCGGUAGAAUGUGCCCACCUGCCGCAGCAUUUGCAGCUCACUCUGCGGGCGUUGCACCAAGACACCCAUUUUCAUGUCAAGGGGCAGGAGGACAGCUGCAGGACGAGGCUCGGUUCUCGUCCGGGGGACUGUUUUGCGGAUGUCAUCUUUUCAUAUUUGUGGUGCCGCAUUUUGACACGCCUUCAAGAUCAGCUCAGCUCCCUGGGCAUUGGCGAGGUCUUCCCCAAGCAGACAGGUUUGGUUUUGAAAGCAGCUGAAGGUGACGGUCCUAUUGAAUACUGCAGCUUUCUCGGUCCAACGUGGAUGGACGAUACAUGCGUCUGCAUCUCAGAUGUCUGCCCGCAGGCCUUGGAGCACAAGAUCACACAAGCUGCCAGUGAGCUUCUUUUUUUGUGCGAUUCUCAUGGGCUUUCUCCAAAUCUUUCUCCAGGCAAGACGGAGGCGCUUUUGGUUUUCCAAGGUAAGGGCUCAAAGCAGAUGCGUGUCAAGUACUUUGGACCAAAUUCAGAGAAUGUGAUCACGACAAUUGGGGAGCGGGGGCUGCGCAAAAUCAAGGUUGUGGGCCACUACACCCAUUUAGGAUGCGUCAUCCACCACCGCUCCGACAAUAGGAAAGAAGCCAGAAGACGCAUCGGCAUUGCGCAACAAGCUUUCACUCAGCACCGUCGUCAUCUUCUUCAAAAUCCACAAUUGCAGCCAGGCAAACGCAUCGAACUUUUCAAGACGCUCAUCUUGAGUCGUUUCAGUUUUGGUACGGAGUCCUGGACCUUUGAAGAUCACAAGAGCAGAGAACAUGUGCAUAAUUCUUUGAUGCGUCUUUUUCGUCGACUUUUGAAAGUACCACAUGAUGCUCACCUCACCGACGAGGACAUCCUGGUUGGCACUGGGCUCAAUAGCCCGACGGAAAUUCUUCGCAUAUCAAGACUCCGUUACCUGGGCACCCUGUACAGAUGCGGUGACUUGGUUCCAUGGGGCCUGCUCAACAGUGACACCGAGUGGAAGAGACUCUUGGCAGAUGACUUGGAUUGGAUGUGGAUGCAACUUCGUGCGGCCUCCACGCUGACUAAUCCUGCUGACAGAAUUGGUCCAUGGGAGUCAAUAUGGCUCUAUCACCCGUCCUACUGGAAGAGGUUGGUACGACGGGCAGGCAAACAUGCCCUCUUGCAACGACAGAGAAGUCAUCGUGUGGGACAAUUUCAUGGGCGCUUUUGUCUCCUUUUUGAACAAGUUCUUCCUGGGCACUUUAAGCAGCACAGAGUUGAACGCUCUCCCAUUGAGACGGAGGAAGUACACGCCUGCAUGCAAUGUCGGCAGGUCUUUGCCAGCAAAGGAGGAUUAGGAGCGCACAGCUUCAAGCGGCAUGGCACAGUGGCCAAAGUCAGGUUCCUCUUUGACAAGACCAGCUGCGGAGCAUGUCUCAAAGAGUAUCAUACCUUCAGCAAACUUCAAGCACAUCUCAGCAACUCCGGUGCUUGCAGAAGGGUCCUUUGGGGACGGCGACGAUACAACGGACCGGGUCAUGGAACAGGCUCCAUGAUUGAUCGUCAACUUUGCCAGCAGCAUGAUGGCAUUCUUCCGCCGCUUCAAGGACACGGCCCUCAUCUACCAGCCCGGGCGCUUGUUGAGAUCCCGGAGUACGACCUUGAGCUGGCGGAGUGCAUCUACAUGGCCCUUGUGGAGUGCGAGGACAAGAACCUGGUUGAGCAAGUGGUACGGGAGAUCCUAUCCACACGUUCUUCAUCCUGGCGUUCAUGCAGGGCAUCACUAUACUAUAUGCUGGAGGAGCUCACGACAGAGGACAUCGAGGCCUUGGACCUUGGGGAUAUUGACGUGAAGCAGAUCUUAAACUUCCUGGCCACGACUGAGGCCUGGCCUUUUCUUAUGGAGGCCCCCACACAUGCGCGCACAAUCCUGGCGGAAGAGCAGCUGGCCGCCUGGCAUGGCCGGAGUUUGAGUUCCUCGAACUCACAGGGUUUGUGGGGUGCUCCCAGCCGCAAACCCACGGGGCUGUUGCUUCUCAAUAUGACCUCCAUGGUGGCGCAGCUUCGAAGAUGGCAAGUCGCGUCAGACGUCCCACGAGGGAUCUCCAUCGGCCUCACCAAGGAGGGGAUCUGGGCGACUAGCCUCUUGAAGGAAUAUCCUCCUGCAUUAUGUGCAGGACUUGCAGGAGGAUUUGUUUCCACUCUACAGGAACACCCUGUAGACGAUUUUGUGGUUCCAACUAGCGAUUUCCGAAGGCAGGCCAAAGACAUGAUUGUGUCUGAAAUGGGGCCAUGUGCAGGCCCGGACUUCGCACAUUAG